AUGACGUUUUUUCUCUCUCCUGUUUUUUUUUUUGCACUCUGGAUUCAAAACUUUAUCUUCAUUGUCUUUUUCUUACAAUUUUGUUUCUCUUAUUAUUCUCUCACUUUCUCUUCCUUUCACGUACGCUCUCUCUCUCUCUCUCUCUCUCUCUUUCUCAUUCAAAUUCCCACUCUCUUUCAUUUUCUCUUUCUUUCAUUUUCUUUUCUCUUUCGGUUUCUCUACCCUCCCACUUCCAUUUUCUCUUUCUCUUUUUUUCUUUGUUAUUACACUUUUUUGUCUCUUUCACUUUCUCUUUCACUUUCAUUUCUUUUUCACGUUCUCUUUCAUUUCUUUUUCACUUUCUCUCUCUCUUUCACUUUCUUUUUUCUUUCACUUUCAUUUCUUUUUCACUUUUUCUCUCUCUUUCACUUUUUUUCUCUUUCACUUUCAUUUCUUUUUAACUUUCUCUCUCUCUUUCACUUUCUUUUCUCUUUCGAUUUCUCUUUCACUUUCAAUUCUUUUCCCCUUUCUCUCUCUCUUUCCCUUUCUUUUCUCUUUCGAUUUCUUUGUGUCUUUCGCUUCUCUUCGGUGCGUCUUCUCGAUUUUUUUUUUCUUUCUUUCUUUCUUUCUUUCUUUCUUUCUUCUUCUUCUUCUUCUUCUUAUUAUUAUUAUUAUUAUUAUUUCCAACACUUUUCUUAUUUAUUUCUUUAUUGA